AUGCUUACUGCCACUGCCAGUGCCGUACCAGCCAUGAAUCCACGCAGUGCCGGAGAGGCAAAUGUUGCUGAUAUAGACCUCCCGCCUACUGCUUAUUGGGUUAUCGCAGGACAUAAGAAGAGAGGGGUCCAGAUUGAUACUAGACAAUUGGAGGGCCGGGAGUUGACGGCGGAGAAGGCCAAGGAACUCGGCAACUCGAUUAUUCUUGUGUCAGUUGUCCACGGAGUCAAGGCCGAUAGCGGAGCGAAUGCUUAUUCCGACUACGUCGAGGAUGCCGACCCCAAGGAAAUCCUAGGGGAAUAG